CUAUUCCUCCCACUGACACCAAUGACGGGGCACUAUUCCUCCCACUGACACCAAUGACAAGGUUCCCAAUGCACCAACAAUGGGGCACUAUUCCUCCCACUGAUACCAAUGAUGAGGCACUAUUCUUCCCACUGACACCAACAAUGGGGCACUAUUCCUCCCACUGAUACCAAUGAUGGGGCACUAUUCUUCCCACUGACACCAAACAAUGGGGCACUAUUCCUCCACUGAUACCAAUGUUGGGACACUAUUCCUCCAAACUGACACCGAUGAUGGGGCACUAUUCUUCCCACUGACACCAACAAUGGUGCACUAUUCCUCCUCACUGAUACCAAUGAUGGGGCACUAUUCCUCCACUGACACCAAUGAUGGGACACCAUUCCUCCCACUGACACCAAUGAUGGGGCACCAUUCCUCCCACUGACACCAAUGAUGGGGCACUAUUCCUCCCACUGACACCAAUGAUGGGGCACUAUUCCUCCCUCUGACACCAAUGAUGGGGCACUAUUCCUCCCACUGACCACAAU